UGAUGCUUGACCAGAGCCGAAGCAGCGGUUCCAGCAGUGCCGCUCUCACUCAGUCCUCCGCGCAAUAACUGACGUGUUUUGCGCAUUUCCUGGACCAGCCUUCAGACACACACACACACACACACAGUCGGGAGAAAAAGAGGCAGGUCUGCAGGAAACUGAGUACCGACGGACAAACAAGGAUCCUGGAAAAAGCAAGUGAGUGCGGAACCCUUGUAAACACUGGUUCUCCUGUCUAGGGCGAACCGAAAGACGCUUUUGCGAGGAUAACUUUCCUCCCAAUGCGCGGAGGAGACACAUCCAGCGCUCCAGCCAGACGAGGGAACGGGCUGCUCACUCUGAGGAGAUCCAGCAUAUAUUUCUGGCGUAUUUUGAGGUGUGGAAUGCUGGUCGUAUCGCUGCUGAUACACUGUAGCUGUCCUUUUUCAAUCCAACUUGCAUUGCUGACUGCCUACAGCGCCGUUCGGACAGCUUCAAGAUCACAUGCAGGUUGUCCGUAGAUCAUAGCAAUAGAUUCUCUUUCUGUCUGGAGGACCUUCUACACUUUGCAUGCAGAUCCACGAGGACGAAGAAGGGCAUUUACCGUUAUUUCAUAAGGAGAAACAAUCACAAACCGGUGGACCGUGGCAUACACUGGUUGAAUAAUUAACCAGGCGCUGAAGUGGAAUAUUGUUACUAAAGCUUUCAAAAGGGGCCAUGGUGUUUUUUAACGGUCUGCUGAAGAUUAAGAUCUGCGAGGCUUUGGACCUGAAGCCCACAGCCUGGUCUCUGAGACACGCCGUCGGUCCCAAGACGCAAACCUUCCUGCUGGACACGUACAUCGCCCUCAACGUAGAUGAUUUUCGCGUGGGUCAGACCUCGACCAAGCAGAAGACCAACAGUCCCGUCUGGCACGAUGAGUUUGUGACCGAGGUGCACGACGGCCGCAAGAUCGAGCUGUCGGUGUUUCACGACGCGCCGAUUGGCUACGACGACUUUGUAGCCAACUGCACCAUUCAGUUCGAGGAAUUGCUGCAAAACGGCAGCAAACACUUCGAGGACUGGAUAGACUUGGAGCCAGAGGGAAAGGUUUAUGUCAUUAUCGUCUUGUCUGGAUCAUCCAGUGAAGCAGGAAGCUGUGAGAAUGAGGAGCGCGUGUUUCGUGAACGCAUGCGUCCCAGGAAAAGGCAGGGAGCCGUCCGGAGGAGGGUGCAUCAAGUCAACGGACACAAGUUCAUGGCCACCUACCUGAGACAGCCCACCUACUGCUCGCACUGCCGCGACUUCAUCUGGGGUGUAUUAGGAAAGCAAGGGUAUCAGUGCCAAGUGUGCACCUGUGUAGUUCAUAAACGCUGCCAUGAGCUGAUCAUCACGAAAUGUGCGGGUCUGAAGAAACAGGAGGACACCACAGAGGAGGUGGGAUCUCAGCGCUUCAGCGUCAAUAUGCCUCAUAAAUUCAGUAUUCACAACUACAAAGUCCUGACGUUCUGCGACCACUGCGGCUCAUUACUGUGGGGCCUGCUGCGGCAAGGGCUUCAGUGCAAAGUUUGUAAGAUGAAUGUGCACAAGCGUUGUGAAAGUAAUGUAGCUCCUAAUUGUGGGGUGGACGCCCGGGGCAUUGCUAAGGUGCUGUCUGACCUCGGAGUCACUCCAGAUAAACUCUCCGGCAGCGUCCAGAGGAGAAAAAAGAUCUCUCAGGGUCCAGAUCCGCAGCCCUUACCCAUAUCCCUGCAGUCAGAAGAGGAUCGAUCCAAAUCUGCUCCCACAUCACCAUGUGACCAGGAUAUAAAGGACCUGGAGAACAUCAGAAAGGCACUUUCGUUUGACCAUCGUGGGGAAGAGCUGAAGCCAGCCUCGUCCUCCUCUCUGACCGAGGGCCUGUCAGAGGAGACAGGGGAGGCCAGAGAGAACGGAGAGGUGAAGACGCUCCAGACCAAAAGGAUGACGCUGGAAGAGUUCUCCUUCAUCAAAGUGCUCGGGAAAGGCAGCUUUGGCAAGGUGAUGCUGGCAGAGUUAAGAGGCACUGAUGAGGUUUAUGCGGUGAAAGUGUUGAAGAAAGACGUCAUCCUGCAGGACGAUGAUGUGGACUGCACUAUGACUGAGAAACGCAUUCUAGCGCUGGCCAGAAAACACCCUUACCUGACCCAACUCUACUGCUGCUUUCAGACCAAGGACCGUUUGUUCUUCGUCAUGGAAUACGUGAAUGGCGGAGACCUGAUGUUCCAGAUCCAGCGUUCGCGCAAAUUCGAUGAAGCUCGUUCCCGGUUUUACGCUGCUGAGAUGACCUCAGCCCUCAUGUUCCUGCACCAAAAUGGGGUCAUUUACAGGGAUUUAAAGCUAGACAACAUUCUGCUGGACGCAGAGGGUCACUGUAAGCUGGCAGACUUUGGCAUGUGUAAGGAGGGAAUCCUGGAUGGCAUCACAACCACAACAUUCUGUGGCACACCAGAUUACAUUGCCCCGGAGAUCCUGCAGGAGCUUGAGUACGGCCCGUCAGUGGACUGGUGGGCUCUAGGUGUGCUGAUGUACGAGAUGAUGGCUGGUCAGCCUCCUUUUGAAGCAGAUAAUGAGGACGACCUUUUUGAGUCUAUUCUCCAUGAUGACGUCCUAUAUCCCGUGUGGCUCAGCAAAGAGGCCGUCAGCAUUCUUAAAGCGUUCAUGACGAAGAGCCCCAGUAAGCGGUUGGGUUGCGUAGUAUCCCAAGGCCUAGAGGAAGCUAUUAAAGUGCAUCCGUUCUUCAAAGAGAUUGAUUGGGUUCUUCUGGAACAGAGGAAGAUCAAGCCGCCUUUCAAACCACGUAUUAAAACCAAAAGGGACGUCAACAAUUUUGACCAGGACUUCACCCGCGAGGAGCCGGUGCUCACCCCGGUGGAAGACGCCAUUAUCAAGCAGAUCAACCAGGAUGAGUUCAAGGGCUUCUCUUACUUCAGCGAAGAGACCCUGUCCUAAUACUAAAACCUCCAUCUCCUGCGCUGUGAACACUGUAAACGCCCAUGAGCUGAUCGUAGACCAUCAUUUACCAAGAAUUUGAUGCUUUAAUUUAAAAAUAGAAAGUUAGGCAUUAUAAUCUUUCCUGCUGAACCCCAUAAAA